UUUAAAUUGUGUGUAUAUAAAUCAUUUGAAAUAAUUCAGGGAAAUUUACACCCAUUCGAGUUAAAUUAGUUAUCAACAAAUCUAUGUAUAAAUUGAUUCAUUAUUCAUAGAUUUUGUAUAUUAAUUAUGAAUCAUCAUGAAGAAUUGUACAAUAUUCAUAGUAUUAGAGAAUACAGUAUCCAAUUUAAUGGCAAGCAGUCGAUUAAUCAAACGUUAUGAUUUGAACACGUUAAAGGUUGAAAUUGAAUUAACUCUUAAAAAACCUACUUUAUCAGAACUGACUCAUUAUUAUCGUUUGAAUCGUUUAAUUCAAGUGAUUAAUGAAAAUUAUCAUUUCUAUGACAAUUUAAUUAAUCAAUUAAAAUGGUUACAUACAAUGAUUAAAGAUGAAAGUAAUAAAAUGAAUUUUAUCAUUGGAAGUAUAUUAAAAUAUAGAAAUCAAAAUAGUAAUGGAAUACCAGUUGUAUACUACAUAUUCAAGAUAUCCAACAUAAUGGUUGAAAUAUGUGAAUCAAGAAAAUCAUGCAUAUCAAAUAUUAUAAACAAUCGAAUAGUUGUUGAAUAUAAUGAUAAUAAUAACUUGAUGAAUUCAACUAUUGAUUUGGAAAUAUUUAUAUCGGAAUUACAUGUUUUAAUGGAUUAUUUCUUUGAGUAUUUAUGUUAUUUCAUGGUGAAUUUACGUAAUCAAAUUUCAGCAAAUGAAAAUUUCAUUCGUUCUUUUACUUCAACUUCUUUUACAAUGUCAAUGAAAUCAUCCAACGUAUCAUCAUCAUCGUCGUCGUCGUCGUCAUCAGCAUCAUCGUCAUCAAGAAUGACAUGUCCAGUGAUUACAUCAAAUUCUAUAUCAAAAUUAAUUGAUGAUCUAAUAGACAUUGAAUCUCAUAUGCCUAUGAAAUAUAAUGAACAAUAUACUGAAGCACAAAAACGUUUAUCAAUAAGAAUCAAUCUACAAGUUAAUAAAAAUAAUGAAUGA